AUGCCGUCGAUGCACGAACGUAUCCGCGAGGACCUCCUCAACAAAGAGCUUGCACUCUGGACGGCCCUUACAUCUGCUGAUCCUGCACCUGCGAUCUGGAAACUCAGCAACCCCGAAGCCAACUUUUUGUUCCCUCAGAUGCCAAUCAUUACACUCGAGGAUGAGACGGCUUUCAAGAAAGCCGUCCGACCACCCUUCCACCGAUUCGAUGGCUACCAGCUCGAAGAGGUCCGUGUCAUCAUUGUUGACCUGAUGGCAGGUGUUGUCACAUAUAAGGUCCGCGCUGUGCGCGGGAAGAAAGAAUAUACCGCAUCCGGCUCAACGACUUGGAGUCAAGGCUCGGAUGGCGAGUGGACACUGGCUUGCCAUCAAGAGACAUUGAUGUGA